AUGCAUAGUAGUCUCCUCCACCAACAAGAAGAAAACAAAGUGAAAAACAAAAUCUUGAUUUCCAUGGAGAAAAUCAAGAACCCCUCAAAUUUAGACAUACAACUUCCUCCCGGUUUCAGAUUCCACCCAACCGACGAAGAACUCAUCAUUCACUAUUUACAGAAGAAAGUUACUUCAUCCCCUCUCCCCGCUUCCAUCUUUGCCGAAAUUGAGCUUUACAAAUUCGAUCCAUGGGAGCUUCCAUGGCAGUAUCAGUUUCAGUUUCAGUAUCAAUAUCAGUUUCAGUCUCAGUACGUCUCUAACAUGCUCAUUUUAUGUUGUUUGGUUGUAGAUAGAGCUUUGUUUGGAGAAGAUGAAUGGUAUUUCUUUAGUCCAAGAGAUAGGAAGUACCCGAAUGGAGUGAGGCCGAAUAGGAUGGCAGGGUCAGGAUACUGGAAAGCAACGGGAACCGAUAGACCGAUUAUGGGGUCAUUAGGGAAGAGGAUAGUUGGGGUUAAGAAAGGUUUGGUGUUCUAUAAAGGUCGGCCUCCAAGAGGGAUUAAGACUGAUUGGAUCAUGCAUGAGUAUAGACUACUUGAUACGGUUACUUGUAACUCAAGCAAGCGAAAAGAAUCAAUGAGGUUGGAUGAUUGGGUGCUUUGUAGAGUGAGAAUGAAGACUUGUACACCAAGAAACUUUUGUGAAGAUUAUGGUCAAAGGGUUUUGGAACCUGAAAAGUCGAUGAUUUUUUCUACGGACAAAAACCCUAAUCUUGAAAUUUUGAAGGAAAGCCUAUUCAAAGAUUGUCCAAUGUUGCCUUUCAUGUUUGGUUCUCACUUAGAUUUCCCUUCCAUUGACACCAUGUGUUCUAUAUCAGAAAAAAGCGAUAACUUCGAAGCAUCAUCGGUGAAUUAUGAUAGAAAUCACAGAGAAGAAGAAGGUGUUAUUGAGUCCAACAAGAAGCUUAGAACAUUAAUGGAAGGUCAAAAUGGGGAUGUAUGGUCUUCGAGGAUUGAUACAAAUGACAUGAGUUUCUAUGGGGGAGAGGAAUAUGAUAUAUGGGAUUAUAUGAUGUAA